AUGCUGGAAACCUCAACAAAAUCGAUUCGAAUUGUCCGUGAAGAGGUCCUUAGGGAUGUCCGGAGUCUGGGGGAUCCGAAGAAGCCAGACCUCUGCGGGGGCCGCCGUUUUCGGGCGCUCCCGGCUCGUUCAAACAUCGGAGGCGAUUCAACAAGAGAUAAAAGCUGUGACUAUCAUGCCAGAAUUAUGUUUGAAAUUAAUAAGCCUCGCCCUCUUCUUCCCCCCCCCCAUCCCCUCAGGCCUGUGGUAAAAUCUUUGAAGGAGACUGGACUUGUGGAGCCAGAAUUAUUUGAAGAAGUCACCAUCUACUUCAGUGACAUUGUGGGCUUUACAACCAUAUGUAAAUACAGCACACCUAUGGAAGUGGUAGACAUGCUGAAUGACAUCUACAAGAACUUUGACCACAUUCUUGAUCAUCAUGAUGUUUAUAAGGUGGAGACUAUUGGAGAUGCAUAUAUGGUAGUAAGUGGUUUACCAAACAGAAAUGGUAACCGUCAUGCAGUGGACAUUUCCAUGAUGGCCCUGGAUAUACUCAGUUUCAUGGGGUCAUUUGAAUUACAACAUCUUCCUGGCCUUCCUGUAUGGAUUCGAAUAGGAAUUCAUUCUGGUCCGUGUGCAGCUGGUGUGGUUGGGAUUAAAAUGCCUCGUUACUGCUUGUUUGGAGACACGGUGAACACAGCUUCAAGAAUGGAGUCUACAGGUUUACCUUUGCGGAUUCAUGUAAGUGGUUCCACUGUUGAUAUUCUGAAGAGGACAGACUGUCAAUUCCAGUAUGAAGAACGAGGAGAAACAUAUUUGAAGGGCAAAGGAACUGAGAUUACUUAUUGGCUGACAGGUGUGAAGGAUCAGCAAUAUAAUCUUCCAUUGCCUCCUUCUGCGGAGAAUCAGCAGCGUUUGCAGGCUGACUUUGCUGAGAUGAUAAAGGACUCUUUGCAAAAAAGACCAAAGGGAGAUUGCCAGAUGCAAGAGAUUUCGUGCAUGACUAGCUACUACAAAGACACCCUGGAAUAUCUGCAGUUGGCUACUACAGGACACUCUGCCACUUCUCUGUAAAACUAGAUAGGAACAAGUUAGGAAUAAAAUGAUUUUGUGUUCCUACCAUCGCCACCCAUUUGCAAGAUUGAAGAGAGCAAGACUGGUUAAAAACAGAAUGUUGCUCAUUCCUUUAAGUAUCGUUAUAUCAGUAAGAGUCUGAUGGCACCUUUUCAAACUAGCAAGCAUUAUUAAAAGACAUACAAGUUUUCAUCACUAGAGUUUAUUUUUUUAAUAGAAUGUGUUAGUUUGCAACAAUGCUUGGCUACCAUAGACUAACAUGGCUCUCUGUAAUAUCUUCUGUAUUUGUAUUCGUAUCAUUACAUAAGUAAUUAAUAAACUGUGAAAAGAUACCCUUUGCUGCAUUUCCAACAUGUAAAUAAUUUAAUGCAAGCUGCUUCUGCUGACUUAUUAGAGCCUUUACUAGUACCCUGCUUUUUGGAUGUGCAGGUAGAAAAGGAAGAGACUGUCAACUACCAGUAGUAUCUUUUAGACUCAGUACAUUGCUUAUGGUUAUAAAGGAAGAAUUUUAUAUGUUAUUUAAAAUCUGUUAAGGCAUUUUUUUGAUGAUGUAUUUGUUCUGUAACAUUUGGGAAUGUAACCAAUCUGUUUGAAAAUGCAAUAAAACUUUUGGAUAAGAGUAUCUUGUAGAACUUGUUCUUCC